AUGGCUGACCGAGGCAUGAAGAAGUGGACGGAGGACGAAUUGAAACAAUUCAAGCAAGAAGUAAUCGGCCAGCUCAUUUCCACCGGCGGUAAAGUGGACUUGAAGCUUUUCAACUUUCCGGACCGUACCCCGAAAGCUCUGUCGCAUCUGUGGACCAAGAUGAAGGCGGAAUGCGCCGAAUAUGUCGCGUCCUUAGCUGAUAAAAAGGCAAACCCUGAUGCGAUUAAGACCCCUACUGCCGAGAAAGGCGUGACAACACCAGGAAGCUGUAAGCGUACUGCGCAGGCCGCCGGUCUCGCGGAUGGUGACGGAUCACCUAGAACUCCGACUCCCACCAAGCGCAGCCGUAAAUCAAGUCAGCCCCGCAAUAAAUAUGCUGCCCAGGCUCAGAUCUCUAGCGUCGACAAAGAUGAGACGGAGGAAGCGAAUACCAAGGGUGGAAAGCAGGAGGAGCCGAUCUCCGAAUUUGGAGAGCUCCCUAUCUCUGAUGACAGUAUAAUCCAAUGA